CACAGAUCAUCUUCGGAUUCUUCUCCAGAAGCUUCAAGUAGGGAUAUGUCCUCAGCACCAACUACUCCUCCAUCAGUGGAUAAAGUAGACGGAUUUUCUUGGAAGUCCGUCAGAAAAGCCAGACAGAAGAGGUUGCAAAGUUCCUCACAGUUUAGGUCUCAAGGCAAGCCUAUUGAGUUAACACCUCUGCCGCUGCUAAAGGUGUCUUGCAAUAUAUUCAGAACUCUCCCUCCUAGUGACAGCAAUGAAUUUGAUCCAGAAGAAGAUGAACCUACCCUUGAGGCAUCGUGGCCACACUUACAGCUUGUAUAUGAGUUUUUCAUACGAUUUUUGGAAAGCCAAGAAUCCCAACCCAGCAUUGCCAAAAAAUACAUAGAUCAGAAAUUUGUAUUACAGCUUUUGGAGCUGUUUGACAGCGAAGACCCUCGGGAACGGGACUACUUAAAAACAGUCUUACACAGAAUUUAUGGCAAGUUUCUUGGUCUUAGAGCAUUUAUCCGAAAACAGAUUAACAAUAUUUUUCUAAGGUUUGUUUAUGAAACAGAACACUUCAAUGGUGUAGCUGAACUGCUGGAAAUAUUAGGAAGUAUUAUCAAUGGCUUUGCUUUACCUCUUAAGGAAGAACACAAACAGUUUCUGGUGAAAGUGUUGAUACCUUUACACACUGUCAGGAGCUUAUCACUCUUCCAUACCCAGCUGGCAUAUUGCAUAGUACAGUUUCUGGAGAAAGAUCCUUCACUCACAGAACCAGUUAUUAGGGGAUUAAUGAAAUUUUGGCCCCAAACAUGUAGUCAAAAAGAGGUCAUGUUCCUUAGGGAGCUGGAAGAAAUAUUGGAUGUGAUUGAACCUUCACAAUUUGUUAAAAUCCAAGAACCUUUGUUUAAACAAAUUGCCAAGUGUGUCUCUAGCCCCCAUUUUCAGGUGGCGGAAAGGGCACUCUAUUAUUGGAAUAAUGAAUACAUCAUGAGUUUGAUAGACGAAAACUCUAAUGUCAUCCUUCCCAUCAUGUUUUCCAGUCUUUAUAGGAUUUCAAAAGAACAUUGGAAUCCGGCUAUCGUGGCAUUAGUGUACAAUGUGUUGAAGGCGUUUAUGGAAAUGAACAGCACCAUGUUUGAUGAGCUGACAGCCACAUUCAAGUCAGAUCGUCAGCAUGAGAAAAAGAAAGAAAAGGAGAGUGAAUAAUUGUGGAAAAAACUGGAGGAUCUGGAGUUAAAGAGAGGUCUUAGACGUGAUGGGAUAAUUCCAACUUAACAAAAAUAAUGACAACAACCUUACUAACCUGUGGAGUCACACAUUUAUGUAGUAGAAGAUGGAACAGCAGUUUUCUGUAUUGUGCAACUUUACAGUAGAUUUCACAUUUGUUUCAUUAUUACAACAGCACUGUAUAUACCUGUCUCUAAGUAAAGGAAAAAAAAAAAAUAAGGACUUCAGUCCAAAGUUUGGACAGUAGAUGGACUUCUCAGA